CACAUAACGGUGUUUAAUGUUAGCACCCGUUAGCCACGACGUCACGGUGAAUGAGACGAAGCCAGCGGGACUCUCUGCCCGGUUGUCGGGACGUACGGGACGAAACUUGGGCAUCACAUUCAGGGGACGGGCGAGCCGUGAGGGUGGGGCUCUGUGUCCGUGUAUCCACAUGGUUUAUGCGGUCAUAAGCUGGAAAGUGUAUUUCCCCACAGUAGGAAGGACAUGAUUCACACGGAGAUACUGGAUACCCGUACACGUCACCCCCCAGACAACGGGACCAUUCAUACACUUAUUUCACUCCAUCCACCGCCGAGCUAAACUCUCCGUGGGAUAAGCGGCCAUGGCUGUGAAAUCAAGGAGACCGUGGACGACCGUGGUUUUCGGCGUCUUCCUGGGAUUCACCUUGUCCUCUUGGCUCAUCGUGCCUCAGGUUCUGGAGGGUAAAGGGAAGAAAUCUCCCGUGUGUUCGCACUACAGCGAGUCCUCCGUCGGUAAAGGUCCGGCCAUCCUCGGGAACGCCGCGGCUGUCCAAGACCGGGACAGCCCGCAGGUCAGCCGGGAGGAGGACGGGGUAUUCGGUACCGGAAACAGUAGCGGGGACACCGGGAGACCCGUCAGCAAACCGAAGCGUUUCCUCUACGUCGGCGUGAUGACAGCGAAAAAGUACGUGCGGUCCCGCGCCGUGGCCGCGUACCAGACCUGGGUGAGCUCCAUACCCGGGAAGGUGGAGUUCUUUUCAAGCGCUGGGACCGGCGCCGUCCACGUGCCCGUGCCCGUCCCGGUGGUCUCGCUGGCGGAUGUGGACGACUCCUACCCGCCACAGAAGAAGUCAUUCAUGAUGCUGAAGUACAUCCACGACCACUACCUGGAUAAAUACGAGUGGUUCAUGCGCGCGGAUGAUGACGCUUAUAUAAGAGGUGAGAAGCUGGAGUUGUUCCUGCGGUCGCUGAACAGCAGCAAGCCGCUCUAUCUGGGCCAGACGGGCCUGGGCAUGGCCGAGGAGCUGGGCAGACUGGCCCUCGAGCCCGGAGAGAACUUCUGCAUGGGGGGCCCUGGGAUGAUCUUCAGCAGGGAGGUUCUCCGGAGGAUGGUCCCUCACAUCGGUACCUGUCUGAGGGAGAUGUACACCACCCACGAGGACGUGGAGGUGGGCCGCUGUGUGCGGCGCUUUGGAGGGACGCAGUGUGUGUGGUCAUAUGAGAUGCAGCAGCUUUUUUAUGAGAACUACGAACACAACAAGAAAGGUUUUAUUGAGAAACUUCACAGUAGCAAGAUCCACAAUGCCAUUACACUUCACCCCAACAAGAAGCCCGCCUACCAGUACCGGCUCCACAGCUUCCUGCUGAGCCGUGAGAUCUCCAGGCUUUGUUACCGCAGCAUCCUGCUCCACCGCCAAGGCCUGGUCAUGAGUUACCUCAGUGAUACAGAAGUGCUAUGGCAGGACCAGCAGCUGGGCUCCCCACCUUCCUACAUGCGCUACAAGCCCAAUGAGAGAAACAAUGUCAUCGAGUGGGACUUCCUGACUGGCCGCCAUAUUUACUCCGCUGCUGAAAACAAGGUGGUCAGGCAAAGCCUCGGGAACUCGCUUCGGACCGCGCUCGAAGACAUCAUUCUCCAGGUCAUGGAGAUGAUUAACGAGAAUUCAAAAACUCGUGGCCGUGCAAUUGACUUUAAAGAGAUUCAGUACGGCUACUACAGGGUGGAUCCAAUGCAUGGCGCAGAAUACAUUGUAGAUUUAUUGCUUCUGUACAAGAAACACAAGGGACGUAAGAUAACUGUGCCUGUGCGGCGGCACGCUUACCUUCAGCAAUCGUUCAGCCGACCCUUCUUUACCGAAACUGACAAGCUAGACGUGGCUGAGCUGGUGGCUGCCAUCAACUCUGAAUCCCAAUCCCUUUCUUUCCUAUCCAACUCUCUGAAGUUCUUGUCACCUUUCCAGGUCUAUGAAUCAAACAGGGAACUGUGGGAGCAGAGCCAGAGGAAAGUCCACAUCCUUGUCCCAUUAUCCGGUCGCUAUGACACCUUCGUCCGCUUCAUGCAGAACUUUGAGAAGGUGUGUUUGAUACCCAAACAAAAUGUAAAGCUCUCCAUCAUUCUGGUGGACAAUGGGAGCGAUCCGAACCGAGGCAAACACGAUCAGUUAAUCCGAGACUACGACAGGAAAUAUCCCAAAGCUGACCUGUCCAUAAUCCCCAUGACGGGCAACUUCUCACGAGGACUGGCUCUUGAGCUGGGCUCCUCGCAGCUUGAUAACGACUCCCUGCUCUUCUUCUGCGAUGUUGAUCUUAUCUUUACUGGUGAUGCUUUGCAGCGCUGCAGAGAAAACGCUGUCCAAGGGAGACAAGUCUAUUUCCCAGUUGUCUUUAGUCAGUACAACCCCAAGAUAGUUUACUCUGAGAAGGCCCCGAGAGACAACCAAUUUGUGCUGACCAAGAAAAGUGGUUUCUGGCGAGAUUACGGAUUCGGAAUCACUUGUGUUUUCAAGGGUGACUUACUAAAAGCCGGAGGUUUCGACACCUCAAUCUUAGGCUGGGGACUGGAAGAUGUAGACUUGUUCACAAAAGUGAUCAACUCUGGUUUAAAAGUGUUGCGCAGUCAGGAACCGGGUCUCGUCCACGUCUAUCAUCCGGUCCAAUGCAACACGAGUCUCGAGCAGAGGCAACACAAAAUGUGCCUCGGCUCGAGAGCGAGCACGUUUGCAUCGAGAAUGCAGUUAGCUGAGCUGUGGCUGGAGAAACACAUGGAGGCGGGGUACAACAGAACUUCAUCCUGACACUCCGGCCCUCCUGGAACCCUUCGUACAAGUGUAUCUUGUAUGCAGACAGCCAGCGGACUGUGUAACUGUGUGUGUGAGAAUCAGUAAAUUGAACCCUCUGUUCUUCAUGAGUGAAUUGUGGAAUGUGGAUGUGCUGUAUGUAUGUAUGUAUGAGAGAGAGAGAGAGCUGGCCCAUUUCAAUGCGCUACCUUGAAGCUAGGGGUUGGUAAUCUUGAAAAACUAGCAAGAGUACGCCAGAUGUGACAAAUUAUCCAACCAAAACACACCGCCCAGUAGCGAGCAGCACAAGCUCAAAAAUGUUGUGAAUCUAGAAAGAAAGUUGCCAAGUCAGCAACAUCGACAGCCCGUCAGGCCUCCUUCCAAAGACACUUAACCAAAAUGAUCAUAAUUAAGCUAAACAACAAACAUGGCUAUUGUCUGUACUCACAGCUGUAAAGACUCCUGUGAGGAGCAAUAAGUGCACAUAACCCUAGCUACUCAUAUUAUUAAGCAUGUUGUAUAGAGAUUUCUCUAUAUCUCACUCUCCAGUCUAGAUGUUUUCUCUCUGACCUCAACUAGCCAUCCUUACUUACAUUAUACAUACCUGUUCAGAACGGGCUGAAUGUGUGGCCGGUGGUCUUUCUCGAGAAUCGCUCACACUCAACGGUGCACUUCCUCGGAUCCUGAGCCGUACCAUAGUCAAGCUUGGACAACAUUAAACCCCAAACUAUGAGGGUGUUAAGCCAUGGGAAUACGAUGUUGGAACAUGCUAUUCACAAGCAGUACAGUCAUGGACUGGACUCCAUCAAUGUUGGGUCUUACGGAGGGUGUUGGUCCACCUACUAUAUGAAUGCAAACUGGGACAUGACUCCAAAAGUAGAGCAUGGAUUUAAUGAGUGGAGAUAUUUUGCGUUAAUUCAAGUAGAAAAUGCGGAGUGGAGCUGUGGCUGUGUCGACUAUCCGCUAGCUAGCGUUAGAACGCUAUGUCCAGGAUCCAUCAGCAAAAGUGAACUGCCCUGAAGCUCCGCCCCCAGAGCGCUGGUAGAAGUGUAUUCAAAGAGUAUUAAUCAAGAUGUGUCGCUUGUCCAAAGUGCACCAAAUGGUACCAAGCACUCCAUAGUGUCCUCCGCCAUACACCCACACAGUGUGAAGUCAGUUGUAUGAGCGGUUCUCCAGAUAUGCAAAGAACAGACCGAUUCUUAUAUAAUCGCUUUCUAGUUUGAUGCCAGACCACUCACUGCUGUCCUCCUGACAGGACCGUAUCCCUCCAUGAAUCGAAAAGCAACCCUAGAAGUCAGCUAAAUCGAUGUGUACAGUGUGCAUAGUAGUCGUGAUAACGGCAAAUGCUUUAAUAUAUGAAAAAUGUAAGCAAAUACUUCAACCCUGGUUUGGGCUAAAGCCCAUGUCUGAACGUAGCUUUACUCGCUUGGAAGGUGGAGCAAUCGAUGGGCUUUUUACCUGAGCCACGAAGCACUGAUUUGCAGGUCAAAAAGUGUCCUGAUGUCAAAACUGGGCUCAAGUGUUUUCAAUAACUGUAUUAUGUUGUGUGUAUUUAUAUGUAAUCUAGAGGCCUCGAACAUGUUUAUCAUUAUCAAUUGAGCCCAGUUCUGUAGACAUCUCUGUGUUGUAUGAGUAACCAACUGCGGCACAACAUAUGACUACACAGAGGAGCGUUAGAGCUAAUGUGCGUUUCUCCGAGGUGUGUGGGAUUAUUCUUUGAACAAGGCAGUUAUGUUGAUGGGGCGGUUGAUUUAUAGAAGCAAAAAUGUUACAGGAAUUGGUUUAAAACCAGAGAAAAAAAAAAAUGCAGACAUUUGAACGAAGCAAUUUAUAUCCAGACACAUAA